CCUUCUUCUUCUUCGAACGCUCAGGUAUAGCUCCUCCUAGGACCCCUUGUUCUGUUGAUACCUGCUGAGCUUCUCGGUCUGCUCACAGACUUGAUAGAUACGUCUGAUCAUGGGAUCCGCGGUGGAGAGCGGGUGGGUCGUGUCACUCUCUCUAGCCGCCAAAUGUGGUGAGCUCUCCGCAGACCCCUCCCGCCUUCUCUCUCUCGCUUUCGUCGUCGUGGUUUGCUGGCUGGCGACUGGUUUGCUCCACUGGGUCUCCCCCGGCGGCCCCGCUUGGGGAAGGUACUGGUGGAGCCGGCGGCGGCCCUGGGGCCUCGGCGGUGCCAUCCCCGGGCCCAGCGGACUCCCCGUGGUCGGGAGCAUGGGCCUCAUGUCCGGCCUCGCGCACCGGAAGCUCGCCGCCGCCGCGGACGCCAUCCCCGGCGCCCGGCGGCUCAUGGCGCUAAGCCUGGGUGAAACCCGGGUGGUCGUCACCUGCGACCCGGACGUGGCCAGGGACAUCCUCAACAGCUCCGACUUCGCCGAGCGGCCGGCCAAGGAGUCAGCUUACGGUCUCAUGUUCCACCGCGCCAUCGGCUUCGCCCCCUACGGCGCGUACUGGCGCAACCUGCGGAGGAUUGCGGCCACCCACCUCUUCUCCCCCAAGCAGAUAUUCGCCUUCGGCCGCCACCGCGCUGAGAUCGCCGCGCAGAUGGUGCGCGCCCUCGACGGUCUCGCAUCCGAGCCCGUGCAGGUCCGCAGGAUCGUGAAGCAAGCGUCCCUGAACCACGUCAUGUGGUUCGUCUUCGGAAAGCAGUACGACCUCGAGCGAGAGACCGAUGAGUUGAAGGAGCUGAGAAGCUUAGUAGAAGAAGGUUACGAGCUCCUGGGGAAGCUCAACUGGUCGGACCACCUGCCGGUGCUCGCUGGCUUGGACCUGCAGCGAGUGCGGUCGGGCUGCUCGGGGCUUGUCCGCCGAGUCGACCGGUUCGUGGGCCGCAUCAUCGAGGAGCACCGAGUCGAGCGCGGGCGGGACACGAAGGCCGCCCCGGGGGACUUCGUCGACGUUCUGUUGUCGCUGCAGGGUUCCGAUAGGUUAUCCGACUCCGACAUGGUCGCAGUUCUCUGGGAGAUGAUAUUUCGGGGUACGGACACAGUGGCGGUGCUAAUAGAGUGGGUGCUAGCGAGGCUGGUGAUCCAUAGGGAGGUGCAAACUAGGGUGCAGGCGGAGCUGGACGCGUUGGUGGGGAGGGACCGGGCGGUGACGGCAUCCGAGGCCACUGGGGCGCUGCCGUACCUUCAGGCGGUGAUCAAGGAAACGCUGCGGGUGCACCCUCCGGGCCCGCUUCUCUCGUGGGCUCGCAUGUCCACAUCGGACGCGAGCGUGGGCGGGGGCACUGUCGUGCCCGCGGGGACCACCGUGAUGGUCAACAUGUGGGCCAUCGCACGCGACCCGACGGCGUGGCCCGACCCUCUCCGGUUUGACCCGGUCCGGUUCCUGGCCCCGGGCGGGCGCGCGGCCGAGUUCCCGGUGAUGGGCUCGGACCUGCGGCUGGCGCCGUUCGGCUCCGGCAGGCGGAGCUGUCCGGGGAAGGGGCUGGCCAUGGCCACGGUCGAGUUGUGGGUGGCGGCGCUGGCGCACGAGUUCGAGUGGCGGACACCGUCCGACGCUGACGUCGACCUCUCAGAGGUGCUGCGGCUCUCCUGCGAGAUGGCGGCGCCACUUACCGUGACGCUCCGGCGGCGGCGGCGGCGGGGGCGGGAGAUGGCCUGACGAGUCACAUGCAGAGCUCUCACCUGCAAUGGACACAGUGGGGCGAAUACAGCGGCUUCUGUAGAGUGGCUUCCUUUUCUUUAAGGGUUAUUUUAUGCU